ACAAAUGGAAAACUUCUCUAUGGCUGAGAGUACCGCGGUCUCUGUGUACACACAUUGUACACAGGAGGCAGUUCAGUCAGUCAACUCUCACUGUCACAGUGAGGUGCUCGCACUGUACUCAUGCACUCCCAGAGCAUUGUGCGCACGUUUGUAAGCAAGUUCGCGUCCGGGCAUUUUCCAAAUCAGUCCGUGUCAGGGCGAGUGAGGAGGCGGGCCCGGGUGUCACGUCUGCUCUCUCCUAACAUUUCUUGCAGCCGCAUGUUACAGGACGGACGCGCGACUGGUAAAGUGUUGGUAGUGUCUCCGCCUUGCAACACCGGCCGGUCGGUACAUGGCGGCGCCGUCGUGCUCUACGAGUGGGUAUAUAAGCAGCGCGGCCGCAUGGCGCUAGCGACACACACACCCAUGCUGAAAUACGCAGUGAUAUUGCUGGCGGCGGUGGCGGCGGUGCAGGCGGCCGUGAUCCCGCGCGACUGUCAGCGCGAGGUGUCGGCGCUGCGCGGCCGCGGCCUCGCGGUGUCGCCCGCGGACCUGCGCGACCCCGCCAAGCUCUUCUACCGUCUCAUCAGCGAGUUCGACGUCACCCGGUGUCAGCACGUGCUCAUCCGAGUCGAGCUGCCGGAACUGGUCGAGGAGUAGUCCCUGCCCCGUGUCCGCACGCGCCCUGCACUCAGCACGCCCGACCUCGAGCCGAACAAUAACUUACAACGACUUACUUAAGCAUUGUCACACAACUUUUAGCCUCGGCGGUAAUUCCUGUAAUGUCCUCUUGCGUGCCUAACGUUCUGCCUGGGCAAUUGAUCUGACUUGUUUUCCAAUAAAAUGAAUAACAAUGA